AUGAUGAGUUUAGUAUUUCUUGGAACAGGUGCCUCUUGUGCAAUUCCAGUGAUUGGACACCUUCAUCGUGGCACCAGCUGUGUUUGUAAGGAUGCUAUGGACAAUCCAAAUAGUUUAAAUCGUCGAAAUAACGUAUCCCUCUUAAUCCAUCUGCCCAAGGAAAGCAUCCAAAAUGCAUGCUCUAACACAAGUGGUACGGAUAAAGGCCCAGGAGGUGUCGGAACGAAUGUAAGUAAAUUGAAAGGUGACAACAUUGGAGGAAAUAAAAAGAGUUCUCAGGAAGAUAUCAAUAUCAUAAUUGAUAGUGGUAAAACAUUUCGUCACGCAUACUUUCGUGUCUUGGCACCACGUCAUAUCCAUUACGUAGACGCUCUUUUGCUUACACACGGCCACUCAGACGCCAUGCAGGGGGUGGGGGAACUUUGCGAACUACACGCCAUGGCUCGUCAGCAACUUCGCCGCUCCCCUGGCUUAUCCAUAGCGAUGCAGCCGCAAAACGUCGCGCGUGUUUACACUCCACCCACGACAGACAGCGUCAACGAACCCCCUGAGAGGGAUGGGCGCGCGAAAAACACCAACGUGGCAUCACCAUCCAAGGAAAACUCCACAAUCCUUCCGCCGGCGCUUAGACGGUGCCGGAUCCAGACCUACCUCACUGCCUUAACCCUUGAAAAUAUACGAGUUAUGCUUCCCGAUGUAGCGCAGAACAGCCGGUACUUGGGCGCAGCGCCGGCGGACGUGGCGGCCUACGAGAAUCUAAUGAAGCAAGUCGCCAAGCAAGAUACCGAUCAGGCAGAUGAGGGUAGCUGUGACGACGGCCUGAUUGGACUCGAUAUCUUCGAGGUCUCUGAGGAGGCACCGAUGCCAUUAUAUAUUGAUGCGCUGGAAGAUCUCGUCCCUAUGUACUCGUUGCCAGUCGAGCACGGCAAGAACUACAUUUCGCUGGGUUUUGUCUUUGGCCGCGGAACAGCCUUCAAAAGUCAAUUAGUAGGAGCCACAGGGGCAUCCACUGCCACUCCGGACGAGUUAACAGAAAAGAGCUGCGUGGUAUAUAUCUCGGAUGUCAGCAGCAUCCCAGAGGUGUCCAUGAAGUUCCUCCUUGACCUCGUGAAAAUUGAUGUCCUUGUAUUCGAUCUUUUGGCCGCAAAGGGAAGUUCCUCUUUGCCGCACACCUGCUGGGACGACAUCAUGCCCUAUCUAAGACUGCUGACGCCCAAACAAACAUUUUUUGUGGGCAUGUUCUGUUCGUUGGAGCAUCACACUUCAAAUCGUCUAUGGGAGAUUGAUAUGGCCGCGGAGAAGAAGCGAGUAAAGGAGCUGUUGCUGCAUUCUCAGUCCUCCUCCAAAAAGAAUUCAUCCCUUUCUAAUGCAGCAGACGUCUAUGCAAAGGGCACCACUUUGGAUAAAUUCUAUUGCGAAGGAGAACAGUAUGAGGAUCUGGAAGUGCGUUGGAGACGUUUUCUGGAGAUCGAUACGCCUAAGCUAGCUUACGAUGGCCUGGAGGUACCACUGCCGUUAUGA